GAGCCGGCCGGGCAGUGCCCAGGCCCCGCGCCCGCCAUGCCAGGCAAAGCCCAGCACUUCCAAGGUCCCCAGGUCAGCUGCUGCGCCAAGUACCUGCUCUUCGCCUCCAAUGUGCUCUUCUGGUUGCUGGGGGCUGCCUUCCUGGCCAUUGGUCUAUGGGCCUGGGCCGAAAAGGGCGUGCUUUACAAUCUGUCCUCCAUCACAGACCUGGGUGGCUUUGAUCCCGUAUGGCUCUUCCUUGUGGUUGGAGUGGUGAUGUUCGUGCUGGGAUUUGCUGGAUGCAUUGGAGCCUUGAGGGAGAAUACGUUCCUUCUCAAAUUUUUCUCAGUAUUCCUGGGGCUCAUCUUUUUCCUGGAGGUGACAGCUGGUGUCCUGGCUUUCAUCUUCAAGGACUGGAUCAAAGACCAGCUCAACUUCUUCAUCAACAAUAACGUCAAGGCCUACCGUGAUGACAUUGACCUCCAGAACCUCAUCGACUUUGCUCAGGAAUAUUGGUCCUGCUGCGGGGCUCAUGGACCUAACGACUGGAACCUCAACAUUUAUUUCAACUGCGCUGACUCCAACCCUAGCAGGGAGCGCUGUGGAGUGCCCUUUUCCUGCUGUGUCAAGGAUCCUGCGGAGGAUGUCCUCAACACCCAGUGUGGCUAUGACGUCCGCCUUAAACUGGUGAGAGUCAGGAGCUGGAGCAACAGAGCUUCAUUCAUACCAAAGGAUGUGCUAGUCAGUUUGAGAAAUGGGUCCAGGACAAUCUCAUUGUGGUGGCCGGGACCUUCGUCGCCGUCGCUCUGCUCCAGAUCUUUGGCAUCUGCCUGGCACAGAAUCUAGUGAGUGACAUUAACGCUGUGAAAGCCAACUGGUGACACUGGAACGGGGGCCUGUGCUGCCUUGUCUCCCUCAGACUCACAGUGCCCUCUGCAGGACUGAAGCCGCAAUUCCAGCCACAACCACAGAGGGCUGCUGUGCCAUUGACCAGCUCUCGCUCUCUCUGUGUGUAAUGUACGUGUGUGUUCGUGCCUGCCUGCAUGCCUGUUUGUAGCCACUGCUACUGUUAGCAAUGACUGCCUGGAAGCCUGCCAUUGCUGUCUCUUUCUGGUUGGGGCACACAUGCCAUACGAGUUGUGAGUGGCAAUGUAGAUAGGUAGUAUUUAUAUAGGGCUUCUGGUUCAGGACUCCUUCCAUUCCACUGCAAAAUCUGUGGACCCAAGAGCCCCUGCUGUAUUUGCAGGCCCCUAAUGCUGGAGGCAGCUCUGGAACUGCAGAGGUUGCAGUAGGACGAGGCAUGGCCCAUGUGGCUUCCCGUUGAGAAACUGGCUGAAGCUUUAGUGUUGCUUCUCUUGCCUGGAGGAGCCUCUACUGUACUUGAAUUGCCUGGGUUUGGUCCCCAACUGCUCAGGUCUCCUCUCUGCCAGGGGUUUGGAUUAGCAGGGACAUGCGUUGUGCUUGAUCUGUUCGACCUGGAAAGAAAUUCUGAUAGCCUCUGUGAUCACACUGUGUUGGUUCCUCUCCUCUCUCCCUCGUGUUGAACAUCGACCAACUUGGAAGGUGUACAAUUGGAGUAAGA